ACCCCCCCCCUCCUCCUCCUCCUCUUCCUCCUCUCCUCUCACCCUCACCCUCCUCACCCCACUCCUCCCAAUCUGCGAUAAACUAAGUGAUAGCAGCAGCCCGUCGGACUGUCGGCUAUAAAACACAACAAAUCAUAAAGUGCAGGCAGGGGAAGGCAGAGGAAGGAGGACGGGAGGGAGAACCGGUAACCGUUAGCCCGUUAGCCUCCGUCUACUCCUCCUCUUCUCGUCUCCAUCGUGCGUGAAUCGGUGUUGUUGUGUUUUGUUUCCGUGCCCUCCUAUCCUCCCCUCUCCUCCUCUUCUCCUCUCCUCCUCUCUUCUUCUCCUCUCCUACUUUCUCCCGAUGAGUUCCUAUUUUGUCAACUCCACUUUCCCGGUGACGCUACCGGGACCGGGUGGCGGCGGGCAGGCGGCGGAGUCGUUCCUGGGUCAGAUCCCGCUCUACUCGUCGGGAUACGCCGCCGCGGACCACCCGCUCAGGCACUACUCCUCCGGUGCAGCAGCCGUUACCGCCGCCGCCGCCGUGGCGUACGGUGCAAGUAGCGGCGGCGUCGGCGGCGUGCACCAGGAGAAAGCGUACCCGGCGGCCACCUACUACCAGCAGGCGGCGAACGGAGCGUACCAAGCGCACCGGGCGGCGCAAACCGGAGCCGGUGCCUGCGAUUACGCAGCGGCAGCAGCGGCUGCAGCUGCGGCGGCUACGAGCUUUUACCGGGACAAGGAGCACGGUCCGUGCAGCCUGGAAGAGCACCAGCUCGCGCUUACGCAGGACGCCAUGCACCGUAAAGCGGAGUGCGCAAAAGGGAUGUUCGGUGAAACGAUGGACGACAAGCUGCAGUCAUCAGCACCCAUUUAUCCGUGGAUGCAGCGGAUGAACUCGUGCAACGGGACAUUCGGCAGCCCCGGGAGGCGCGGGCGUCAGACGUACACGCGCUACCAGACCCUCGAGCUGGAGAAGGAGUUCCACUUCAACCGGUACCUCACGCGGCGGCGGCGGAUCGAGAUCGCGCACGCGCUCUGCCUCACGGAGCGGCAGAUCAAGAUCUGGUUCCAGAACCGGAGGAUGAAGUGGAAGAAGGAGAACAAGCUGAUCAACUCGGGUUCGUCAUCGUCCUCCUCUUCCUCCACGGUGAACGGUGCGGAGGAAGAGGAGAAACGGACGGAGUGAAAAACAAACAAAAAAAAAAGACUGAUGUAAGACAUAUAAAAAGAGGAAGG